AUGUUCGUGUAUGGUUUCUUGAUGGCUGCGUGCUGUAUGGUUUGCUUCGUCGUUGUUGUCUACGGAAAAGGCAACGGUGAUUUGGGUAGUGAUUGCAACUCGACCUCUGCAGACAAGCAUAUUUGUAAUUUGGUUUUCAGGGGCAGAUCGGCGGCUUUUGGUGCUUUCACUUGGUGUGCCCUCAUUUUGGCUUGGGAAUGUAUCCAUCCAACUAACUCCUUACUCAAAAUGAACCCAGAUUCUGAACAUUCGUGGUGGAAACAAACUAUCACUGAGCUUUGGUCCAACCAAUUCUUGUUCUGGUCGAUCAUUGGUGGCUUCAUCUCUGUGUUCCCAGUGGUCUACAUUCCCGUGAUCAAUACCAAAGUAUUUUUGCACGCACCAAUUGGUUAUGAAUGGGGUGUUGCCGUUGCCUUCACUGUAUUGUAUUUCUUGGGAUCAGAAGGAUGGAAGUGGAUGAAGAGAAUUUACUUCCGCAAAUGGAGCAAGAAGGUGAAGAAUCCCGAGUAUGAGUUGGAGAGAAGCGACCCUUUUAAGAAGUACGCAUCAUUCUCCAGAUCCAAUACCAUGGAUCCCGACAUGUUGGCAUAA